UCCAUAAGCUCCUCCCUGGCCUCGCCAGGGUCGGGACUCGGGCUGCUUUCACUUUCCCGUUCGCCUGAGGGGACUUUUCUUCGGCCGUCUCUGGAAGGUGGUUCCCUCCUUCUUCUCCUCCUCCUUCACCAUAUCCUUGGAGAAGCGGCCUAGGCCCCUCUUGGGCCCUAGCUCCAUCUUAGGCCUCACUUUCUGAGGCGAGGCCCCUGCAGAACGGUUCAGGCCUGGCCGCUUUGUGGAGGGAAAGAGGCGCCAUUGGGAGAGGGAAAGCCCCCCAAGGGCUGCCUCUCGGGUGUUUGAGCAACUCAGCAUGACAAACGCCAGCCUGGCUGUGACAGCAAUGGACUCAGGAACAGUGAUGAUGCAGGACUUGCUUCUAGAUGCCUUAGAAGAUCUUGGUGAAGACGAAUUUGAGAAAUUUAAAUUCAAGUUACGUACCACAGUAGCUCCUGGGAGUAAGAACAUUCCACUUGGACGGCUGGAAAAAGCAAAACGGGAGGUUCUGGUUGAACUCCUGGUUGAAUUUUAUGAGGACAAGGCUGCAGCCAUGAUGGUGACUGUCUUUGAAGACAUUGGUCUUAAGUAUAGUGCUUCCAAACUCAUCAAGGCGGUUGGGAAGCGAAUGCAAGGUUAUAAAAAGAAAUAUGCUGAGAACAUCAUGGAAGAAUACCAACUGACAGAAGACAGGAACAGUCUGCUUGGUGAGAACACCCCUUUGAAUAAGCGCUAUAUAGAACUGCUUAUCAUCAAGAAGCAUCGAUCUCAAAAGCACAGGGAACACGAACUCUCUGCCACUGGUAGGUUGCACAUGGAGAUCUUGGAGAACAACAGUUCUCAGUAUUUAUCGACUGACAUUGAAAGCCUCUUUGAACCAGAUGAAUCCAGAAUAACCCCAAGAACAGUUGUCUUGCAAGGACCUGCAGGGAUUGGUAAAACAAUGACAGUGCGGAAGAUCAUGUUGGGCUGGGCUGCUGGAGAGCUGUAUUCGGAUGUCUUUGACUACGUGUUCUGCUUUAAUUGCAGGGCACUGAGCCUUUUUGAAGAGCCUAGCAGCCUGGUUGACCUUAUAGUAGAGCAGUGUCAGGACAUAUAUGCCCCAGUAAAAGAAAUCUUAACUCACCCAGAAAAGCUGCUUUUCAUUAUUGAUGGUUUUGAUGAGCUUCAUUGCUUUCUGAAACCUGAAGGAGAUAAUUUCUGUGAUGAUCCCUAUUCAAAGAUGUCUGUGGAAGUUGUUCUGAGCAGCUUAUUGAGGAAAAAACUCUUGCCACAGUCCUACCUGUUAAUCACCACAAGACCUGGUGCUGCAGAGAGGCUGCAGGGGUUCUUGAAGUUUCCCAGGUUCACUGAGAUCUUGGGAUUCUCUGAAAAGGGUCGCCAUGAAUAUGUUUUAAAAUUUUUUGAAGAUGAGCGGAAAGCCAACAUAGCACUGAGAUUCAUCGAAAAUACCAUUGCAGUGUCCACCAUCUGCUUCAUCCCAAUGGUGUGCUGGAUCAUAUGUUCAGUUAUUAAGGUUGAAUUGGAAACCGAAGAAGAGAUUGCAGACACUUUGGACACCACAACAAAGGUCUUUGUGCAGUUUUCUCACAGUCUGCUUAAACAUGAUUGCAAGACACAGAAAAUACCUGCUCUAAAGGAAUUCAGAAAACUCUGUUCUUUAGCACGAGAUGGCAUCCUGGAACAGAAGAUCCUCUUUGAGGAACAGGAUAUAAAGAAACAUGGUUUGGAUGCUUCUUCUCUUAAAGACUUGUUUCUAGACAGAAGAAUGUUCAAGAAGGGGAUCAGCCAACACAACCUCUACAGUUUUCUGCACCUCUGCUUUCAGGAGUAUUUUGCAGCGAUGUGGUAUAUUCUACAAGAUGAAUCAACAGGAGAGCUAGAAAAAAAUAUGGAGGACCUGAAGAGACUUCUAGUUGAGCAUGAAAAGCCAGGAAAUGAGCAUUUGACAUUAACUGUGUGUUUUAUCUUUGGCUUAAGCAGCGGAAAAGUGUGCACCUUUCUGGAGCAAACACUGCAGUGUAAGACAUCUGACCUUGUAAAGCCUCUUUUACUUCAGAGAGCUGAGGAAGUGGCUGCUGAAAAUCCUCCUCGGAAAGGGCAUUGCCUGCUGAGGUUUUUCCACUGUCUGUUUGAGAUCCAGGAAUCAGAAUUUGCAAAGCGUGUGAUGAAUCAUUUCCAGAUUAUUGAUCUUUCUUUCAAUACACUCUCAGUGUUGGAUUGCAGGGUUCUGGCUUUCUGCUUGCAGCACAGUGCAAUCAAGGACCAUUCCAUUGAUGUAACUUUUUGCAGGUUGACCUCUCAUCACAUCAGGGCAUUGGCUCCAGGAAUUAAAAACUGUUCAGUAUUAGAAUUUGGAAGUAACAGAAUUGGAAACUCAGGAGUGAAAGCUCUGUGUGACAUUCUGAAGGAAACAGGCUGUAAUGUGACUACUUUAAAUCUUGAUGAGAAUUACCUCACAGAUGCUUGUAUCCAAGAACUUUGUGCUGUUCUGAGCACCAGCCAUACACUUGACAGUCUAAGUCUCCAAGACAACUCAUUCACAAAAGUAUCUCUGCCUUUCAUCCAACACCUCAUAGAGACUUGCACCAGCCUGACUCUUUUACGUUUGGGGGGAAAUAAUUUUGGUGACAAAGGCAAAAAACUCCUGAAUGAACAAGAAAAAAAGAUAACUCAAUCAGGACGUCGAUUUUUGUUGUGGAUGUGAUGAUACAUUUACUCCUACCUAUGCUGUAUCAAAAUGCAGCACAUCUUCAAGACUACAAAUGCCAAAGGACUAAUUUUAUUGAUUGGAACUGCAUGUCAAAGAAAAAGAUUGAUACAAGCAAUUUAAAUGCUGUUUUUAUAGUUUUUUACUUUGAUGUACUUUUGUCUAAUCUGUGCGCCGCUUUGAUCAUUGGAAAAGUGGGAUAAAAAUAAAUUUUUAUUAUUAUUAUUAUUAUUAUCACUGGAUUUUCAAGUAAACUUUACAAAAACCAAAUAUCUAAAUUGUCUCUUGAUUUCAGUCCCUUUUUAUGUAUACUACCUGUAGCCCUUUCUUCAAGCUUAUAUAAACACUAAACAGUCUCAUGGCUUUAGUGUUGCUCCUGUGAUUUUUGUCUGUAAAAAUGUCACUAACAUUAUGAAAAUUGGUGAUUAUAUUAUGUAUCUUUAAUGGAAUUCAAUACUUUCCCAGUUCACAUCCCCCCUCUAUUCAGUGUUUAAUCGCAUUUCCUAACAUUAACUAUGGGGGUUUGUUCCAUGAUACAAAUCCAAAAGUAUAAAAUGAAAUCAAUGGA